UUCUUUGAUGCAGAAGAAACUCCACAAGUUUGGGCUGGCACAACUAGCAAAUCUCUGUCCAGAAACUGCAGAAGAGGCCAAGUCAUUUAUUCCCAGUUUGGAUGAAAGGUUUGAAGACGAUGAGCUGCAGCAGAUAUUGGACGAUAUUAAAACUAAAAGGAGCUUCCAGUAUUAG